CGAACCUCGAGGGAAGCGUCUCCUGCCCUACGGAACUCCAUGUCACCGCCUAAGCUGCCUCCGUUCACCUCCAUCAAUCCUAGGAAAGGCAAGCUGGCUGUGGCGACCCUCUGCCUACAAGACGUCUCUCCGAACAUCUACCUAAACCAACAACACCAACUACAGUACCUUAACAACCACCCCGUCAAUCACCGCAGCAGCUACCGUCACAAUAACCACGACAACCACCACAAAAAUCGUAACAACCACAACGAAGGCGACCACCACCACUACCACCAUAAUUCUUCUGGUUUCUUCAGUCGUCAGCUCAGAUCUCGGUGUAAGGGAGGUACCACCAACGAGCUCAGUGACAAGGUCUCGUUAUCUGCUGAGUGUCAACUACGAGACGAGAACGAUAGGAGAAAAUACCACAACACAACGACAAUGCUCGGUAGUUGUGGUUCCUUGAGUGAACACAAGGAGGUCGCUUAUCGUGUGUGCAGUGCCAGAACUAAGGACAAGAAGCAGUGCCGAGUGAGUGCCGCAGGGUGUUCGAGUGCUGGGAGACGUAAGAGUGAAGGGUGUCCUAGUGUCGUAGAGGAGAGCCAAGACCUGGAGAUAACAGGUAGCUUGAACUGUCUCCACGGCCGUCCCCUGACGCUCGAGAAUGGCGUCUACGAGGGUCUUGAUCUGAAGGGCGGCCACCAAGGCACCUCCUACUCAUCCUCAGUGGAAUGAUUUAUCACUAGACGAGUCCCUGGUGCUCGUAUACCUAACGUCGAAGGCGCUGAAGGGGAGGGAAUGAAGUGUCAGGACUAAAUAAACAGGUGUUAUUGAUGCUCCUAGUGUGAGUGAGUGUGUACCUGCGCGUCACUCCUUCAACACACUGAUCACCAACCAGCGUUACUCACCCAAGCUCAAGUAAUGAAUAACUCCACUCAUUAAGAUAUAUACGACAAGUCAUAUAAACAAAGACAAAAAAACACUCAGAUUUUAAAUAAUUAUCUUCUAAAAUCUGGGUAUAUUUUUUCGAUGACUGUUUAUAUAAUGUUGCAUAAAAUCAGAUAUAAUUCCUAGUUAUAUGUGAGUCUAUUAAGAAACUAUUUUUGGAACAAGUGUCUGAGAUAGAGUUUUAUCAACAGGGUAAACUAAAACCUUCUAAAAACAAACAAUAGUAUUUAGAUGUACAAAUACUCAAUUUAUAUAGACUGAGUCACAAUUUAUAUAUAAACACAAGAGAUGAAGAUAUAUAUUAAAAUAAGCUCUCUAACAGGGAAGAUGUUUAAGAUGUUUAGAUUUUUACUCACUUAUCAGAUGUUUAUAGACGAAAAGUAAACAUUAACUCAGUAUAUUUCCUAUCAUGGCCGUGUGGUGUUUUCUGAUGUGUUUAUGUGUUAAUAUAUGUUUAUUGAUGUUAUUUCCUGUUUACUAAUAAUGUUUACUGUAGACAAAGGAGACUGUGUUUAUUGUUCAUGGUACAAUACAGUGUUUGCUUCAUUGUACACUGUAGA